AUUAAAGUCAAUUGAUUCAGUCGUGAAACAAAUACAUUUUUAACUGCAAUAAUACCACAAGCUGAGAUUUUGGCUAAUUCUGUAUGUAUGUAAUAAAAGCAUUAUGUAUUAGCAUUAUCUCUAAUGGUGGAUAGUUUUGUCUUAAAAUGGAUCUUACAUACAGGCCGCUUAAAUGUGCUUGUGUGCAUUUUUGGUAAACUGGGCAAAGUUUAUAAGUUGCACCUGACUGCAGUGAAACUUUAUGUUUGGUUACUUAUUAGCUUAAGAUGGGCGUUUUAAAAGUUACCUUGUUCGCAUGUGAAAUAUGCAUACAUGGUGAAUUCACACAUUUGAAAUUGCACUUGCAAAGUGGACGCAUUUGUUGGAUAUAACUUGGAUAAAAUUUCAAAUAAAAACCAAAUCACAGGACCACAGUGACCUUUGACUUGAAGGAUAUCCUGGCUCUAGAAGAAUGUAUGUGCAAGCAUUUUGAGCUUUUGUGUGAACCAAAGAGAGGGAGGGAGAGAAAGCAGACAAAGAUUAAACAAAGGUUGGAAACCUGCUGAAUGCCAGAGAGAUGGAAGAAUAUAAUGCUAAAGCAGAACUAAGUGUUACUGCAAGCAGUAUCAGAAUCACUGAUGUCACACAGGAUGGAGAUACUCUGACUUUUGCAAUUGCAUCCCAGAAAUCGAAUAGCAGUGUUGGUGUAUGUGUGUUUCGAACAUACGAGGACUUUGAUUGGCUUCAGCAGAAUCUUUUCUCACAAGAAAAUAUACCUGGACUUCAAGGAAUCAUAUUUCCCCCUUUGCCAUCUAAAGCACUACCAUCACAGUCCAACACACAAGCUAAAUCAGUCAAACAACUAGGUUUUCUGGCUCUUGGACAGGGUUGGCAGAGCUAUUGUAAGGCGUUGGAGUUUUAUCUCCAGCAGGUGGCGACACACCCAAUUCUCAGCAAAUGCAAACCGCUGGACAUCUUUCUUAUUAACUCAGAGUCUCCAGGAAAACAACGAGGCAGGAAAGGAAUAUUUAAUCGCCUCAGUCAGGCUGUGGAAGAAAUGAGGAAGGAAAGUCACAAGGAUGUGGAUACCUUCUUUCAGAAUGAGAGAUACAAAAACACAAAUCUUGCAGCUUCAUCAAAGGUUGCCACGGAGAAACUACUUGAUAUUGUGAUGACUGAGCAAAAGCUUGCUUUGGCCUGUGGGCAUUUUUCCACAUCUCUCCAUCUCUGUGUAAAUCAGGAUGAUGACCCUGCUGUCGCUUUCUCCAAGAUAUGCUUGAAGUUGUCAGAUAUCAUGGAGGCGGUAAAGAGAAACUUUGAGACGGUUGCUAGUAACAAUCUCUCCACUCUUGGUUUGGGACUGGACUUGGAGUCUCGCUAUGAAGAAGCAGAGAAAGAAAUGCUUUUCAGAAGAACUUGUAAACUGAUAGAAUUAGAAUCUGCUAAAAGGAAUACAGAGAAAGCCAAGGCCAAUAAGAGAGAGGUGAUGGAGGAGAUUCAGAAAUCUACUGAGAAAGAAUUCACCCUCAUCUCAUCUGUGGCUAAACAAGAGAUCAAGCGUUUCCAUAGCUCUCGAGCAAAUGAGAUAAGGAACUUCCUUGUUGACUGGUGUGAAAAACAGCUCGCCACAGCAAAGGAGUUUGCCGGACUCUACUCCCAGUAUUUGGAAACUUGCAGAAACCUGUACUCACAAUAAAUGGCAAAACCAUAAUGACAAGCUAAAGUUAUGGAUUGUUCCAUAAAUUCUGUUUAUUAUUUGUUGUAUUUUGAAUACUCCUCUAUAGUCUCGUCUGAUUCUUGUCCAGCUUUCCACACUUCAUCAAGUGCAUCAUCCAGUACUUAAAUUGCACUUCCUUUGUUGGAAUUUUCAGUAUGAACUCACUACAAACACUAUACUAAAAAAACUAAUGUUGAAUAAUGCACAAGUAUGCAAUUUGGGUCUCUCCUUAUGAUAGUUCUGCUCUUGGUAGAACAACUUUAUAAAUCACAAGUUUAUCAUUUUCCCCUUUGCAAUCUCACAAUUAUUUGAUACAGGUUUUCUGAUUGUAGAAAUUAUGGAAUAAUAUUGAAUCAAUAUGAACCAGGUGUAUUGGAAGGUUUUUUGUUUUUUUUGAUAGUUUUGAUAACCUUAAACACUGAAUCUAACUUGAAUGCUAAAGUAUACACAUUAAAUUCACAAUCAGCUCAUGCACUACAGUCAGAUGUAAACUUUGUUCUAUAUAGGCUUGCAAUAAAGCACAAAUAAAUACAGUGAAAUGAUGUUUGCAUAUUUAAUGUUCCUCUACUUUUUAUUGUGGUAAUCAAUAAAGUUUAUUCUUA